UGGUGGCGGCGGCGGCGGGGCGGCGCUGCUGCCUGGGCGACGCCAGGGUCCUGGCUGGGCAGGGAAGAAGCCCGCGGCGGGAGCAGGCCAGUCUCGUUUCCUUUUUUCGACCUGGAUGAUUGCAAUUCCCUGCUUUCCUGAGGAGCUGGCAGUAUAUGAGCAAUGCUGUGACCAUCUGUUGUGCAUCUUUGUUUUGUGUAAAGAGGGGGAAAUUAUCUGGUGAGGACUGUUUGAAGAAGGAAGAGAUUGCUGCUAUCCUUCCUUGGAAUUGUCUUGGCUGUGGAGGUGAAACCAUGAAGAAAUAGCAGAGAAACUAAUAAUGUUUUUCCGAAAUCGUUUUCUGUUCUUGUUGGCCUUGGCAGCCUUAUUAGCCUUUCUGAGCCUUAGCCUACAAUUCUUACAUUUGAUCCCUGUUAACCCGGUUAAAGAAAAUGAUCUGAAUGCCAAGAAUCGAAAGAGAAUAAUGCCAGAUCCACUGACAGAGCCACCUGCCAUCGAUCCCAUUUAUGAAGCCCUGUUUUAUUGUAAUAUUCCCACCAUACCAGAACGCAGUAUGGAAGGUCAUGCACCUCAUUAUUUUAAACUGAUUUCUGUUCACGUGCUGAUUCGUCAUGGGGACCGAUACCCUCUUUAUGCCAUUCCCAAAACAAAAAGGCCAGACAUUGACUGUACAUUAGUGCCUAACAGGAAACCUUCCCAUCCUCAGCUUGAAGCUUUCAUCAACCAUAUGGCUAAAGGAGCAGAAGCCCAAAUGGAUGGCACUCUGAGCAGCAUGCCUCGUUACCCCAACCAUUUGCUGUGUGAAAUGGGAGAACUUACCCAGACGGGGAUUGUACAGCACUUGCAAAAUGGACAGCUACUGCGGGAUAUUUAUAUAAAGAAGCAUAACUUGAUACCAAGUGACUGGACCAGUAAGCAUUUGUAUUUGGAGACAACUGGAAAGAGUCGAACACUACAGAGUGGACUGGCAUUACUCUAUGCCUUUUUGCCAGAGUUUGACUGGAAGAAAAUCAACUUUAGGAACCAGUGGAGCACAAUUUUUUGUUCUGGAAAUUGUGAUUGCCCAGUAAGAAAUCAUUACUUAGAGGAGGAACAGCGUCGCCAGUAUAGCCUACGGGUGAAAAAUGUACACCUGGAGAAAACAUACGCAGAUAUGGCAAGAGUAGUUGGCAUACCAACAAGGCAGUUAAGGGCUUCUAAUCCUAUAGAUUCUAUGCUGUGCCACUUUUGCCAUAAUGUCAGUUUCCCGUGUACUAAGAAUGGCUGCAUAGACAUUGAGCACUUCAAAGUAAUUAAGACCCAUCAACUUGAAGAUGAAAAGGAGAGGCAGGAAAAGAAAUACUACUAUUUGUAUGCACUACUGGCCACUCACCCUAUCCUUAACCAGACCGUCAGUCGUAUGCAGCGCAUUGCAGAAGGCAAGAAAGAAGAGCUAUUUGUCCUUUACUCUGCUCAUGAUGUCACCUUGUCACCUGUUCUUAGUGCCUUAGGCAUUACAGAGGCCAAGUUUCCAAGAUUUGCAGCUAGACUAGUUUUUGAACUCUGGAAGGACGUGAAGAAUUAUAAAGAACACAUUAUUCGCAUCCUUUAUAAUGGUGUUGAUGUCACAUUCCAGACUUCCUUCUGCCGGAAUCAUAACAAACAUGGCAAGUUGAUGUGCCCUUUGGAGAAAUUUGUCCAUUUUGUUAAGCAGGACAUGUUUUCUCCUUUUAAUAGCACCAAUUAUUAUGAUGCAUGUCGGAAGAGACCCUUCUAAAAAAUGGGAUAAAUAAAAGGUUAUAUUUGGUAUAUCAAGAAAUGAGUCUCUAAAGAAGCUUAGCUGACACUGUCGAAUCUUAGUGUGCCUAUGUGCAAAUGAGUAUUUCUUGGUUAUUAUUAUUUUUUUGCCAAGCUCAUUCUGGAUUAAUUUAAAAUGUCAUAAGUGUACAAUGUUAAUCCUAACAGUGCACAAACUUUGUGCUCAACUUGAUUUGUCUCUUAGCUGCUGUAAAAUGGAUAUUGCUUGAAGAACUAGACGACUAUACGCUGGCUCUGUGCUGUUCCACUGCAAAGUUUGCCCCAGUAAAGAAACACAAAAAGUACCACAAGUGUUUCUUUAUUCCACAAAUGCUUUGUUAUUCCCAAAUAUCUUGUUCUUUGGGCUAAAAAGGAUUUAUACGUAAUCUGACUUUUUGAAAGGUGCAUGCAUUCAAAUGCUUUUUUGUCCAAAUGGGUCUAGAAAGCUUGAUCUUGUACCACACAGGAAUUUUUUCAUAUGAGCUAAAGAUGGUGUCAAGACGGUCUCUGCAUGUCAGAAAACUAUAUAUCACAUGGCUCUCAUGCUGAUUGGCUGGAACAUGUAAUAAAUCUCCAUGCCAGCAUACAGUGACUUCCAGCACUGUUGGGAAUACCUUGUUUUACAAGUGUGCAGAAUUUCUCCCACUCAAGAUAUUUUGGCCUGUUGCUCACAUUAGCCCUAGUUGGUGUUGGUGAUGAUAAAGGACUGUUGGAGUUGUGCCCCAGAGUUGUGUCCCAUCCUUAUCCUGUGGUCCUUGAUCCCAGACCAAUCCAUGCAGGAGCACUACAACUUAAUGAUAUAGCUCCCAGUUAUCUAGAAGUACAAUGCAACACUACAUACAAAGCAAACCCUAAGACCUAUGGAAAGAAAAGCUCUGUUCUUUGCACUUUUAGCACUUUACAUGUACUUUGAACAAAAAUUACAAGUGUAGAGGAG